AUGAAAAUUUUCACUUUCACUUUCAUCGUUUUAUUGUUUUUAAUUUCUACGACGUUAAGUUUACCACAUACAUCUGAUAAAUCUAUCAAACGAGGCGUUAAUUCUGAAAUGUUAACCAAACGUCGAUGUACCGGAGUAAAUAGACGCUGUGGACCAAGCAACGGUUCAAAAGAUAGUGAUAAAGAUAAUUUAUUACCUGGAGGAAUAUUAUAA